AUGGAAAGUGAAAAAGAGUGGAUCGAGUCUGAUGAAGAUUCAGGUUCCUCAAAGGAUGAAGAAUAUGUCGAAACUCCCACCAAUUUUAAAAGUAAAUCUAAGUCUAGCACGAAGAAUAAGUCUAGGUUGGCAUCCAAGAAAAGAAGUCGUCUAGAAGCUGACACUGAAGACGAUGAACUAAUUGUGUCACCAAGUAGGAGGGUCACAGUCUCAAGAAUUGUUGAAGAUGAUGAAGAAGAAGAAGACCACGAUGAAGAAGUAGAAGAGGAAGCUGAUAUUGAUGAGCUAGUCCAAGAGGAGGAAGAUGAAGUUGAAGUUCCUGAACUUCGAGAAAGUGACGAUAAUGGUACCGGUGAAGAUGAAAAACAGGAGGAUAUUGUAGUACACUCAGAACCAAUCACUGAGGCUGACGAUGUAAAAGAAAGUACUGUUGAAUCACUUUCAGCACAUCAUAGCAGAAGUCGUAUGUUACUUGACAUUUUAGACGAUGGUUCGAAUAAGAAACAAUUGACUGAAGAGGAGAUCCAGCUUCGUAGAGCUGAAAACGCCAGGAAACGUAAAAAUCUGAGUGAAAAGAGAUUAGAAGAGGAGAAGCAAGAUACUAUCAAUAAACUAUUAAAGAAGAGAGCUGGAAAAUCGAGGUCUCAUCUUCCUAAGGAUGAUGAUUCUAGCUCUAAGGGAGAUGGAAAAUCCGCAAAUGAUGGAAAUAGUUACCAUGAUGAAGAUUCUUCAUUUAAAAAAUUCCGUAGGCCUUAUAAAACAGAUGGUAUGAUUCGCAUUAUAAAAAUAAAGAUGAGCAUUUACUUUGUAGUUUUGAUACUACUUCAAUGA